AGGGUUGGGGCGGCUGCCGCUAGAUGGCUCCAGCGGCUCCCAAGUGGGUGGUGAACGGUGCAAAUGGCGUGGAUGCGGUAGUCGGCGGAAAACUCAUCCCAUUUCCCCCCUGCUUGCACGCUUUCAGCUAUUGCUUUUCCCCAAGAGACCGUUGUGACCCACAUCAACAAUGCCAGCCGUGCGAGGAGAUGGGAUGCGAGGCCUUGCGGUCUUCAUAUCAGAUAUAAGAAAUUGUAAAAGCAAGGAAGCAGAAGUAAAACGUAUCAACAAAGAACUUGCGAACAUUCGGUCCAAGUUCAAAGGUGACAAGACACUAGAUGGUUACCAGAAGAAAAAGUAUGUGUGUAAGCUGCUCUUCAUCUUCCUGCUUGGCCAUGACAUUGACUUUGGCCACAUGGAAGCAGUUAAUCUUCUGUCUUCCAAUAAAUACACAGAGAAACAGAUUGGUUAUUUAUUCAUAUCAGUGCUGGUGAACACAAACAGCGAUCUCAUAAAGCUGAUUGUCCAGAGCAUCAAGAACGACCUUGGCUCGCGUAAUCCAGUACAUGUUAACCUGGCCCUGCAGUGUAUUGCAAACAUUGGCUCGAAGGAGAUGGCAGAUGCGUUUGGCUCGGACAUUCCAAAAUUACUGGUAUCAGGUGAAACGAUGGAUGUAGUGAAACAAUCUGCCGCUCUCUGCCUUUUGCGUUUGUUUCGAACAACUCAAGAAAUUAUUCCUGGUGGAGAAUGGACAUCUCGUAUCAUUCACCUGCUCAAUGAUCAACACAUGGGUGUGGUGACGGCAGCAUGCUCUCUUAUUGAAGCCUUAGUUAAGAAAAAUCCAGAUGAAUAUAAGGGUUGUGUAUCUCUUGCAGUUUCUAGACUUUCCAGAAUAGUAACAGCAAGCUACACAGAUUUGCAAGAUUAUACGUACUACUUUGUUCCUGCCCCUUGGUUAUCAGUGAAGCUUCUCCGGCUCCUCCAGCACUAUCCACCACCCGAAGACCCAGGAGUUCGGGGUCGACUCAAUGAAUGCCUUGACACCAUCCUCAAUAAAGCUCAGGAACCACCCAAGUCUAAAAAAGUUCAACACUCCAAUGCAAAGAAUGCUGUGCUCUUUGAAGCUAUAAGUAUUAUUAUUCACUCAGACAGUGAGCCAAACUUACUGGUGCGAGCUUGUAAUCAGUUGGGUCAAUUUCUCUCUCAUCGUGAGACUAAUCUUCGGUACCUUGCUCUGGAGACCAUGUGUCUUCUGGCCACCUCUGAGUUCUCCCAUGAAGCUGUCAAGAAACACCAAGAAACUGUCAUCAAUGCUCUCAAGACAGAGCGAGAUGUAAGUGUACGUCAAAGAGCUGUGGAUCUGCUAUAUGCCAUGUGUGACAGAAGCAAUGCUGAAGAGAUUGUGCAAGAAAUGCUCAACUAUUUAGAAACUGCAGAUUAUUCUAUUCGUGAAGAGAUGGUGCUAAAAGUGGCCAUCCUGGCGGAGAAGUAUGCCCAGGACUACACGUGGUAUGUUGACGUCAUUCUGAACCUCAUUCGUAUUGCGGGUGACUACGUAUCGGAGGAAGUGUGGUACCGUGUCAUACAGAUAGUCGUCAAUAGAGAGGAUGUCCAAGGUUAUGCUGCGAAGACUGUUUUUGAGGCAUUGCAAGCUCCAGCCUGUCACGAAAACAUGGUCAAAGUUGGGGGUUACAUCUUAGGUGAAUUUGGCAAUUUGAUUGCUGGUGAUUCUAGAUCUGCCCCAGCUGUUCAGUUCCAGCUUCUACACUCUAAGUAUCACCUAUGUUCUGCAGCAACCCGUGCUCUACUACUCACAACGUACAUAAAGUUCAUCAACCUUUUCCCAGAGAUCAAGUCACAAAUUCAAGAUGUUCUUAAGUCAAAUUCUAACCUAAGGUCAUCUGAUGCAGAGUUGCAGCAGAGAGCAUCAGAAUACCUCCAUCUUUCUGUGACCACCACCACUGAUGUUUUGGCCACAGUAUUAGAAGAGAUGCCACCAUUCACUGAAAAGGAGUCAUCCAUCUUGGCAGUAUUGAAGAAGAAAAGUGGUCGGAUGUCGGCUCAAGAGGCUCAGAGAGAAGCUCGGGUGCAGGCGCGGGAAGGUAAUGCAGCACCAGGAACUGAAAAAGCCCAAAAUGCUCAGCUCAAGACGAAACCAUCUUCCAAUGCAGCCUUUCCAAUUCCUCAGCUGAACAAUUCUACGUCUGCGGACCUGUUGGGUCUUUCGACGCCUCCAGCCACUCAGAACAACACACAGAGCAACACAGGUGUGCUUGUGGACGUGUUGGGAGAUCUGUAUGGGAGUGGAGGCACCAACACGCACAAUGGCACCUCUACCCCGUCUUCACUAUCGAUGUCAGGUGCUACAGACAACAUUAAGAAAUUUGUUUGUAAAAACAAUGGUGUUUUAUAUGAAAAUGACAUAAUCCAAAUAGGAAUAAAGUCUGAAUUUCGACAGAAUCUUGGGAGGAUAGGAGUUUUCUAUGGCAACAAAACUUCCAUGCCUUUGCAGGCCUUCAAUCCCACAGUGUCAGUGGGUCCCGUUCAACAGGGAAAGGUUACGGUGCAAGUUAAACCAGUCGAGCCCUCCAUUGAUGCUGGAGCGCAAGUUCAGCAGCUUGUUAACUGUGAAUGUAUUGAGGACUUCAAUGGUCUGCCUGAUUUGACAGUUGGCUUCACGUAUGGCAAUGUUCCGCAACGCCUAGCGCUACAUUUACCACUCUCAUGCAACAAGUUCUUUGAGCCAACAGAUAUGAACGGAGAGUCCUUCUUCGCUCGUUGGAAGAACCUGAGUGGGCCUCUCCAAGAGGCACAAAAGAUCUUCAAAGCAUCUGGGCCAAUGGAAACUGCUUCCAUCAAGACUAAGCUAUUGGGUUUUGGAAUGCAGCUACUGGAGGGCAUUGAUCCAAACCCUGAAAACUUUGUUUGUGCGGCAAUAAUCCACACACGCACACAACAAAUUGGCUGCCUAUUGCGUCUCGAGCCCAACCGCCAAGCCGAGGUCAGUUUUACCAUGUAUCGGCUAACGAUCCGUGCCAGUAAAGAAUCCACGGCACAGAUUUUGGCAGACUUGUUAGCUGAGCAGUUUUAACCCCAAGAGAUCCAUUUCAUGAUAGCUCACAAAUUCCAUCUACAGAAAAACUUUGUGCAAAAUGACCUGCGAUGGUAACAGUGGUGAAAGUAUCACUGAUGCUAGUGAAUUAGUGUCAAUGACUUGGGAUGCAGCAACAUCGAAAUGCCAGGCAGUCUUUUGUCGUGGCAGCAACCUGUCGGCUUGGUGAAAUGUUUGUCGAGAUGGUUAUAGCAGCUCUGAGCCAAGGCAAGUGAAUGGUUUACCAAGAGUGAAUAAUUUUGGCAUAAUACCAGAAAAUAAUGCCAGAUGCUUUAAAGUGUCAUCAGGUAUUCCCCAGUGAUGCUUUUAGUCAUUUUUGUUAUUCUAGUUAUGUAAUUGACUGACAUCAUUAGGCAAUCAUAUGUACCAGGGCUCUUCUUAUAUUAGUUACUAUUUGACAAAUGAAGGUAUUUUUAAGUUUAUAAUUGCUGCAUUGUUUAAGUGCUGUUGGCGAUGAAUUCAUUUCAUGGAUUAAAACUUCUCUGAAAUUGUCAGCCUGAAUUUCUCAUGCGUGAUUGUUUAAAAGUUUUGUCACUUCUGGUGUGCCAAUAGCUGUAUUAAGGUUACUGGUUAAUCAAGACUCCAGUUAGUAAUAGGAUUAGAGGCCAGCAUGAGGAUAUUUGUGAAACCCAGUCACAGUUACAAGUUGUAGUGUGUAGAUAUUAGCAGUGAUGAAUGUGUGUAUGCGUGUAUAGCGGGUGAGGGGGGGGGGAGGUAUAGGGAAGAAGUUGAUGUGACUUGGUGCGAAUAUCCUCUUGUCUGUUUGGUUUUGAAUCCUGGUGGAUAACAUUGAAUGCAGUAUAUUACUACUUUAAUAUUAUCAAAUUUCCAAACAUUCAAUUAUGCAUUUCUGAUUAAUAUAUUAGUUUUGACAAUACCUUUCAAAUUACUCAUUGGCAUUAACUUAUUUGCUAUAAUGUAACCCCAAGUUACACUGGUCUUAGAGAAAGUGAUACCUUGUUGAUUACACAGUUUUGCACAUUACUCGAGCUUGUCAAUGAUGGACUUGCCAUUGCUUAAUAUUAUUAAAAUUGACAGUAGAUCUUUAAGAAGAGUCUGGUGAUAUUUUGUGGCGGCAGAAGUGUUGUGAUCGUCGGUGGUCAGUUCCAGCAUCCUGUUCAUAGUUGUAAAGAAACCCGUGUAUCAGUAGCUCCAUUCCUCGUGUGUGGAUUCAUUAAUGUCAAAUAAUUGGAAAUGCAUGAAAGGAGGUGCAGAGAUCAUUAUUGUAUAGAGUUUAUCCUAAAGUAGGUUAUUACUGUAGACUUCAUAUCAAAUUGUAAUUAUGAACUAUUUUGGUUCUUAUUGUGCAUUAUUGGGCAGCAAAGACAUACUGUAUUAUAUGAAGACACUGGUCAGAGGUAUAGCUAGUAGUUGAGAGGUUGUCUGGGCCUUGAAUCAUGUGAAAUGUCUCCUCUUAAUGUAAAUGUUACUUUUGAUAUUUUCUCAGCUGCAGAGGCUUUUCUGAGCAAUAGAGAGACUUUGCAAAGCUUUCAACUUCGACUUUUGAAAUUAUCCAGUGUUAUACAGUACUUCGAAUUUAAGAAGCUUUUUGCAAAUUCUGUAUCCAAGUGGAAUGGAUCUUGGGAUCUUGGGCAAGCUCGAGCUCGAGGCCUUUCGUAGGCGUUAAAUGAGUUCUCGUUUUCCUGAUGGUUAACACAGUUGUUUGCCUUUAGUCAAUACCGAUGUGUGAGAAAGCUAUGACAAUGGUCAUGAGGUGGCUGACAGUAAAAUCUGCAAAUGGGAAAAUUAUUCAAAUAGCUCUAUAUUAUUAAACUAGGGACAGGUUUUUGAUCGAGUUUACUACUGGUAAUAUUUGAGCCAUUCAGUCUUUACCUUGACCCUAAUGAGUUGUCUGUAUUUCUGAUAUACAAUAAUUCCUCCUCCAUUGAAAGAUUUUAUUUUCGCACCAUUGACUUUUUAUUUGUAAGAUGUAAAAACAGUUGUAGGCAAGAACCUUUUGUCAUGAGCCAGGGAUCUUGUUACUGUAAAUGCUGCUAAGUUCUAAUGGUGGUUCUUGAUGUUAAGCUCAUGAAAGUUCCUGUCACAAAGUUCGUGACAGCUGUAGUCAAACCAGUUCUAGGAUAAUAGAAAUGACAAUGAAAAGUAAUUAAAAAAUGUUUGAUUUUUUUCUUGUCAAACGAUUGUAAAUUAAAAGUUUGGCCUUAGCCCAUUCAUGUCUAAAUUUAAAAAAAAUGUAAAUAAAGUAUUCGCAUAAAUUUAGUUAGUUACACAUUUAUCUAUGUUACUUCUGUAUAUCAGAGGACUCAUAAGGCUGUUUAACAAAUGUAAAGCGUUACAGUAGAUAUAUACCCGAGCUUUUCAACCAUGUGUUGUUGAUGCUCAGUACAGAACAAAUUCAUUACAAAUGUCGGAUCCUGUCUGUAAAUGGGGAAAUCUGUGAGCUGACUGAUUGCGUCUUAGCAAAUUUAUUCAUUAAAUCUUGAAAUGAUCAUCUCUGAUAGAUCUAGACUUAUUUGUACACUUUUGGGAUUAUAAGAUUAAUUUAGUCAGUCUGAAUUAUAGUGAAAAUAUUGUUUUACUUCGUAAUAAUGCAAAAAUUAUUUUCAGGAAAGCUUUCAUGCUCUACUACUUUGGUAUUUAUAAAUAUAGGUUGAAGUAGCUAAAAAAUGUAUAGUUUAACAGAUUCUCAGCCUUGGAUAGCAUGGAUGAGAUUGCAUGUUUGCAGUCUUGUCAUCUUUUCAGGUAAUAUAUAGAGCAGGUGGAUUAUCAGUGACAGAGAUCCUAAUUUUGAUGUAAAGGAAUUAUGUCAAUAAUUUUGUAUCUUCUAAUUAAGGAUUAUAUUUGUAACGAGCUGUGACCUUAACGUUAUUGACUGCGUGUAAAGUUUUAUUUGUUAUUUUUUUUUUUUUUUUUUUUUUUUAACAUUAUGAAAGGUAGAAUCAGUGGCUUAAUCAAGAGGAUAAUUACUGGGACCCAGUUCAUUGUCAGGUAUUGAAUAGGAGAUUGAGUUAACAGCACAUUUUACCAAAAUUGCAUAUUCCUGUUGUAGUGUAGCACCAGCCUAGUCAGCUGAUUUCCUCCACCUUGCUGCAUGUCUGCGUUUCUUGUCGGGGCAUCAUGCCCAGUAGGGUUUUAUAACAGACUUUUUCUUAGACAUUCCAUUCAGACAUGUAGCAUUUGAUUUAUUUGCUUUAUGAUGUAGACUUCUGCUUCGUGGGAUACUGAGAGCGAGCUUGUAUAUGCAGCACAUUCACCAGCAGAACAUUUAUGACAAAAUUGCUGUUAUCUUGAUUGCCUUAUUAGUCAAGGCAAUGAACCAUUGGUAGUAACUGGUCUCUAAUUAAAAGUUUAUACUGUAUAGGAACAUCUCGCUUAAAACAACAAGUCUGUUGCGUAAUAAUGAGUCACACGUAAUCUCAAGAGGUGGUUGAUGAGUUGUUAAUGAACUUGUUAAAAGUGUGUUGUAUGGUAUAUUGUAGUGUAGGUGUGAGACAGUGGCAUACAUUACUCCAGUAUGGUCUGCCUUGUAACAUGUGACGUGGCAGUUGAUGUUGAUUGUAUCAUUUGCAACCAAUCAUAACUAACUGCCUGCACAAACCUAUUGAGGAGCUUUAUUUUGUUGGAUAAAUAAAAGUAAAUAAUGGCAAUUAAGGUGUGUUCUGGGAGUGGUGAUGCAGUGGAUGGUACGAAACUGUAAAUGUUACUACUGAUUACUUUGAGGUACUGUAUUAAGAAUGCUCUUUUGGGUUCAAAAGAAGGUAUGGGGGUAAUUGAGAACAUUGUUGUAUUCACUGAUCCUCCCAGAAUGUUAAAAAUUCGGCUCUGGUCAAUAUAAACAUAAACAGGAAAUGUUGAAGAAUAUGGUUUUUGAGAAAACCAAGGAAACGGUUCUGCACUAUUUUGUUUUUUGGUAUGAUGUAGUUUUUAUAUUAGACAUAAUGGAAUUAAGUAAAUUUUGCUGAUUAAAAACCAAACAAAAAGAAGUCCCAACAAAUGGAUUUGACUGGACACAUGUGUUUGUGUGUGUGUGUACAUGUAUAUAUAUUUACAUAUGCAUGUGUAUACACACUUGUAUGCACAUAUUGACAAAUUAUGACAUAAUUUAAUGCAUUUAAUAAACCGAAUGGUAAAAUAAUAAUGAAAAAAGGGUAACUUAGAGUUGGUACUGCUAACUUUACAUGUGCAGAGUGUUCCCCUGAGGUUUCUUUCAGAGCCAUGAUGUGUUCCAUAUUGAAAUCAUUGUAUGUAAGUGAAUGGUAAAUAAAUGUGUAUAUUAC